UUUUUUUUCGAUGAAAGGCGGGCAUUCGGCAUAAUCAAGGGCCAUCGUGAUUCAAAAAGACUGAGGUCAUCAAACAGGUUGUGUCUGACUCAGUCACUUACUCUCUUUUCGUGUUUUUUCUGUUCCAUCUGCCCUUUUUUUCAAGCAAGGACCAACUUUUCAACGCAACGCUACAGCCAUUUUUCCUCGAGAACUCUGACCAACAUUCACAACAGAAGGAACUAGUGUCUAUAGCAAGACUGAUUGAGUGACUUAAAAUCAACCUCGGCAUGGACACACAUGCAUCAAUGGCUUACUACCAGUCUGGCAUGCAACAAUACCCAAAUGGAGGAACACCUGUUGGCUCUAUGACUCCAAUGUCAGUGGGUCCUAUGGGAUCUGGCACACAAGGAUAUACUAUGAACCAGGGCCCAAACGGGUCAUACGAUCCUAUGGCGCCGACAAGUGUAAGCUACAGCGCUGCUCAAAACCAUUCGGUGACAACAACGCCCAUACCACUUCAGCACGCACAUCACCAGCAGUAUCAACAACAGCAACAACAACAGCAGCAACAGCAGCAACAGCAGCAACAGCAGCAAGCAUCUCAACAGUCGUACCAGAGUCAACAGCCAACACAGCAACACUACUCAACUUCGUACCAAAGUCAGCAGUCAACGCCUCAGCCUUAUCCACCGCCCUAUCAGAGCCAGCAACCAACAUCCCAAUCUUAUCAAAGUCAACAAUUCCAACAACAACAACAACAACACCAGCACCAGCUGCCAUCAACUUCGGUUUACCUUCAACCUCAACUUCAUUCUCAGCCACCACAGCAUCAACAAAUCUACAUGUCAACGCAAUCGCAAAGCCAGCCGGUUACUUUUGCCCCAGCUCCAGGAUAUAUGCCCCAAUAUCAGCAGCCAUCUAGUGGGGCACCUUACAUACAGCAGCAGCAGCAGCAACCUCCACAACAGCAACAUACGCAUCAUCAACAGCAGCAGCAGCAACAGCAGUUACAAACCCAGCACCUUCAACAACAACUACAGCAGCAGCAACUUCAACAGCAGCAGCUGCAACAACAAAUUCAUGCCCAACAACGUCAACAAAUUUUGGGUCCUACCAUGGUGGCAUCUCAUCCAAUGCAAACCCAACCGCAGCCUAAUACCCAUCAGCAGCAACAGCAACAACAGCAACAACAGCAGCAAUUACAAAUGCAGAUGAUGCAAGCGCAACAGCAGCAUCAAAUUCAGCAACAACGCAUGCAAGUAAUACCGCCACAACAGCAGCAACAACAGCAACAUACUUCAAAUGACCCUUCUCGAGAUACACGGAAUGCGGGCACCAUUGAAGUUGUUACAAAUCCUCAAACGAGCACUCUCCAACUUGCAGAGUUUGCUUCGGUGAUGGUCUAUACCCUAUGGCACACAAGGCCGAAUAUUAAUGGUGCGUCAAGCAAUGCCUACAAUGUCGUGCCUCAUCGGAUAAGCGUCCCGCCAUCCGCCGGACCAGCUUUCAAAAAGUUUUGCCUGAAGGUGAUUUUUUUUUCUCCUCCUAAUUUCUUCACGUAACAUGUAAAAUUACCUGUAAUGCUUAUUUAACCA